AAAGCUACGUGAUCUCAGUCAGGGUACGCGAUUUGUAUAUAUAAAGAUAUGUGCGUAAAACCCCAAUAGAUAAUAUCAAUUAAGAUUGGCAAGCUUUGUAAAUAACGUUGGAAUAAACAACGUUCAGAUGGAGCAGAUGUACUUUGACAACAUGACAUUGCCUUUUUACACUUUGCUUGUGUUGAUUAAUCAAGUAGCACGUACCAGGAAGACAAACGCGGGUCAUUACGGUAAGGUCGAGACUUAGGGUUGAAUCGCCCACCUUACCGGUCUUGCAAGAAAGCAGAUAUUUUCGUUUUUCAACUUAUUGAAAGUAAAGAAUAGAUUCGGGGAACACGGUGUAGGCGUUUCAUAUUUGGCCCACUACGUGUAUAUCGGGCGUAAUUUGAGAGUAGUGUGAAUAAGAAGGAAGUGAAUGCCAAAAUUAUUCGUUCGUUUUCCACGGGAAAAGCCACGAUGUCGCUCCGGACUGUGGGUUCUCACAUAAUGCAUUUCUGUGGAAGUUACCGCCAGCCCCUGUCAUGUCGACUCCGCUCAGAGGGGAUGCGGGCAGUGCGGCUUAAGAGCUCCAGCCCUGUAACCGUGAGCCAUCUGGAUCACCUGGUGUUAACGGUGAAGAGCAUUCCAGAAACAUGCACCUUCUAUUCCAGUGUCCUCGGUAUGAAGGUCAUAACAUUUAAGGGUGGUCGUAAGGCUUUGGUUUUUGGACAGCAGAAGCUGAAUUUGCACCAGGUGGGCCAGGAGUUUGAACCCAAAGCCUGGCGUCCCACAUCCGGAUCAGCUGAUCUCUGUCUAAUCACCCUGACCCCGUUGACUGCUGUGGCAGCACACCUCCAGGCUAGUGGUGUGGAGAUUGAGGAGGGUCCGGUAGAGAGGAGUGGGGCUGUUGGUCCAAUCACGUCGCUCUACUUCAGAGACCCAGAUAACAACCUCAUAGAGGUUUCCAACUACAACAGAACAACAGAAGACAACAAGUCUUAGACCUGCCUUCAACCCAUAACAGACCAACAGAAUAUGUACAGUUUUGCAUAAAAGUUGGUUAUUAAAAAGCUUUUCUUUUA